AUGGCCGCCGCCGACUACGACCGCGCCUACCGCCCCUACGCGCCGCCGCCCUCCUCCGCCGCCGCCGACUACGACCGCCCCUACCGCAACGAGAUCGUGCCCUACGGCGACCGCCGCCUCGACCUCGUCGUCAAGCCGCCGCCCGCCAGGUCCCCGCCGCCGCCGCUGCCGGUCACCAAGAGCGGCGGCGGCGGGGGCGGCAUCGGCUCCGCCUGGUGCUUCAGCGACCCGGAGGUCAAGCGGCGGCGGCGGGUGGCCAGCUACAAGGCUUACUCGGUCGAGGGGAAAGUCAAGGCCUCCUUCCGCAGGGGGUUCCGCUGGAUCAAGGACAAGUGCACCGGCUUCAUCCAUGGCUGAGUUCGGGAUCUCAAAAAAGUUGUACUAUUAUUGUGAUGGAAGACUCUACGACAAUGUGCGAGGAUUGGAUGCUGGAUGCGAUCUGCUAAUUUUAAUCCCGGAACGUGGAAAGAUUGGUCCAUGAGGCUGUGAGGGUAACUUUUGGGUCACAUUUAUUAUACUGUAGGAAAACAAGGAAAAGUUUAGCAGAUGCUCUUACCGUCUGCUAAUUAGCCUAGUCGUUUCAAGAAUGUUUCAACAGGAGUUGACUCUUACCAAAGGAACUGAUUGAUUUGGUCAUGAUAUCGUUAUGUCCCUCUCUGCUUCAGCUACGCAUUCUGCAUCUGUAUUUUGGAAUUGUUAUGGUUAGGAUUUUAAUACUACCACGAGCAUGAUCGAGACAUGAUUAACUGAA